GCGAUCAUGUGCCUUUCGAGGAAGAGUGUGUGGAUUUUACAGUGAAAGAGGGCUCUGUUCACCUCUGAACUGAACACAUUGUUUGUUUUAGGUCAUGUUUUGUGUACACUUCUAAGGUAAGAAGACCUGGUUUGCAGUCGAACGCCACUGAUUUUGAACGGCUUCUUUAAAUAGUCCUAGAACACUGAAAACCGCAGCGUUCUGUUUGUUUUGGUUUGAUUGUUUCCGUUUUUUCUUUUUCUUUUGGAAGAGGAUUUAAAGAGAAGACAGCCACGACCAGGGCAUUAUACAGUGUUGUGUUCAGCAGGAAGGACUGACGCGAUUGCUGGGAUGCAGAAUCUCUAUCCCUUUAAGUCCUUGUCACAGAGCUCAGCCGUAACCAAAGCUUCAGUGAAUAAUGAUGGCAAGCAGGACACACCUGUAUGCAGUUCUUCUACCUGGACAGGAGAGGCAGCAGAGAGCAGAGAGACCCAACACAAACAGGAUCCCGGAAUAAUUAUGGGAAUGAUUAAAAAACUAAAUCCAUUCAGGUUUUCCUCACAGAACAAGAUCAGUGAGCCUCUAACUGUCUCUGCAGCAGAUGAGCAAACGCAGGAUCACGGCGGGAUGCGAGACCAUCUGAAAUCCACAGCUCAGGUGUCUGGUCAAGCAGAGGGACUGAACGCCUCGUCUGCGAUCGAUGACACAUGUUUGACAGCACAGAUCGAUCAAACAGCAGAAACAGAUGUCCCCAUCUCCAGUGAAGGAAACCCUCUGGACAACGAAGAUGAUGAAGACGGUCUGCUGGCCUGGUGGAGAACCGUGGAAGGUUGGAGUGAAUGGAACGAAUCAAAGCAAUUUAAUGAAAAAGAUGGAGAACAAGCGAUCGAAUCCGCCGCUAACCGGGUCUUCAUGUCCGCCAAGUUGUUCGUGCACCUGCUGAGUCAGCGCGAGCCGUCGCUGCAGCGGCGCAUACAGGAGCUGCUGACGCUAGCGGACGCCGCCGACAGCUUCCACAGGAAGACGGUGACCGCGAGCGUGGGCGGGGGCGUGGCCAGCGUCGCCGGCAGCAUCACCACCAUCACCGGCCUGGUCCUGGCGCCCUUCACCUUCGGGACGUCCCUCAUCGUGACCGCGGUGGGCAUCGGGGUCGCGACCGCCGGCGGAGUGACGUCAGCGUCGGCAAACAUCACCGACACGGUUCACUCCAACACGGACCGGAAGAAGGUGGAGAAGAUGAUCCAAGAUUAUCAGCAGGAAGUUAAAGAUAUCAAAGAAUGCCUGGACUUCCUCCAGGCCGGGAUGGAGACUCUGCAGGAGUGGCACUUCGAGAAGUACGUGGACAGCAUCACCAGACGGGCUCUGAACCAGAACGUGAAGCACGUGUUGAAGGAGGGCGGCCGGGCUGGGAAAGCACUGCUGGUGAACACCGACAGCCUCAUCAACACCGUCCAGGUGCUCAGUGUGGCCGGAGGAGCCGCCAAAGCCGCGCAGGUCAUCAGCAUCACCACCGGCGUCAUGUCGGGCCUCUUCCUCGCCCUCGACGUCUUCUUCCUCGCCAAGGGUUCGCUGGAGCUGCGCAAGGGCGCCAAGACCGAGUUCGCGGCCAAGAUCAGAGAGGUUUGCAAGGAGCUGCAGAACGGACUGCAGGAGCUGAAGAGAAUCCAGCUACAGCUGCAGAAAACCAUGGAUGGGGUUGAGAUGGUGGAGGAGGAAGAGGAGGAAGAGGAGGAGGAGGAGGAGGAGGCAGAAAAUAAUUCAGAACCCAAAAAAUAGUCCAGCUAGAAGAAUAAGCAUUGAUGAUCAUCCUGAGCAAGAAGUAAAUUAUAUAUACACAUACAUAC